AUGGACAACCCGUCGGCCGAGUCCGACAAGCCGCGCGGGCUUUUCCAAUGCACCGAGUGCAAGCGCUCAUAUACCCGCGUCGACCACCUGGCUCGCCAUGUCCGCUCGCACCUGCAAGAGAAGCCCUUCCAGUGCCAUGUGUGCCACAAAGGCUUUGGCAGACCUGAUUUAUUGAAGCGCCAUGCCAUCGGUCACGACACCGACGGCAACGCAAAACGCCAGAAACGCACCCUGACCCAGUCCUCGAGGGUCUCGCAGGCUUGCAAGUCAUGCGCCUACGCCAAGCUCAAGUGCGAGGAUGAGAAGCCGUGCAAGCGCUGCCAGAACAAGGGCAUCGUCUGCGAAUCCAAUUCCGACCACCGCCAGCCUCCCACCUCGGCCUCUGCAUCAACCCAGCCGCCAGGUGAGAGCAGCCUUGACACUUCAGCGUCGCCAACUCAUCUCUUUGUAGCCCCAUCUCCCACUAACCCCAUAGACCAACCACAACCUGUCUCAAUCGCCCCUGUCCCUGUCAUGGGCGAGCCUGAUCAGGUGAAUAACCAAAUACCAACUCCAAGUACUCUGCUCAAUGGCUUCGAGAUCAGUGGAGACGAUGCUUCCCUCUCCGGAACCGCCUUCACCCCUUCCAUCGCCCCAGACCCCGGUGCUCUAUCCUCCUCUCUAACCGUACAUGAAAACAACUUCUACGACUUCUUGCGCAACGUCCUCACUCCAAACAAUCCAGGCUCACUCAGCCCUACUCACUGGGAUUUCGAACCCCGCAACAUCCUCGACUUCAACGUUGAAGACGACCUCUCGUUCGAUGCCAAUGACUUCGGCCUUCUGGAUGCUUUCAACGGAAAGCCUUUCAACUCACAUGAGGACUUUGGCGUUUUCCCGCCCACCAUCCAUCCUCCGAGCCUCAGUGCUCCCGCAGUUUCCACUCCCUCGGACUCCGGCCAUCAAACCGAUCGCAGACGAGCCGGGAUUGGAGCAGAGGCAUAUCGCAGAUCAUCUUUUGUCCGCUGGCAGCCUGCACACGAAGGUGCUUUUCUCGAAGUGGGCAAGAUAUCCACUCCCCAUGAAGAGGCUGCCUCGCCCGACACACGAUACAAGCCCGAUCAACGCAUAUUGAGCGAGCGGCUUGAGCAAAGCUCUCGCGACAAGUUGCUGGCCAUAAUACUUAAUACCUGCGAUGCAACCAAUUUGGGCCGCGUCGUCUCGUCCUUUCCUUCUGCCGAUCUUCUCGACGAUUUCCUCCAGUGCUUUUUUGCUCGAGAAGGACCCCUGAUUGACUCCUUCAUCCAUAUACCCACGUUCAAUCCAAACACCAUCAAACCUGAAUUACUUGGUGCCAUAGUCGCCGCGGGAGCAGUCUCUACGGAUAUGAAAGCGUUGCAGAAGCUUGGACACGCCAUUCAGGAGGCUGUGCGUAUCGCUAUCGUGGACGCCAUCGAGAGACGUAAUGCCAUCACAAGGGAACUCUGGGCAAUACAAUCGUUUUUGCUGAUCAUUGAUACGUUUCUUUGGUCUGGCAAUAGACGAAAGAUGGAAAUUGCCGAGAGUCAGCAACAACCUUUGUGGACGAUGCUUCGGCGGGCGGGGCGGUUCAAGAAACCCAGGGGCCCACCGAUAGCCCCACUGCCUGAAGAUACAGGUAACACCCUCCAUCAAAAGUGGCUCCAGUGGGUCGAACAGGAGUCGAGCCGGCGGCUGGUCUUCCGUGGCUUUUGCUAUGACGCACAAUCCUCCAUGUCUCUUCUCGUGAAUCCCAUCAUUUCGUAUGGCGAACUAUGCCUCCCCUUUCCCGCGGCGAGAGACCUCUGGACAGCCGAGACCGCCGAGCAAUGGAAGUCCGCAUACUUUGCCCACAGAGCCGACUCUCCAGCCAGUUCUAUAUGCCUGCUGGAUUGCUUGAAGGACCCCAAGCUUGUUGCGUCGUUCCCAGGCAUGAUUGACCACGAUUUUGCCGCCCUGAUCGUGCUCCAUGGCAUUUGGGGGAUGGUCUGGGAGUUCAACCAGCUUCAGCUUACGCUGAAAUCGAAUUCCGGAGAAUACAACAGCUCAUUGGUGAUGAAGCAUCGUCACCAAGAGCUCUGUCAAACUAUCCAUCACCUCCGCAUCAGCGUCAACUCCUGGCGUAUAACACCAUCUCCAGAAAUUACGCUCUUACUCGAGCUUCAGCUACUCUACCUCCACCUUUCGAUCGAAGAUGUCCAGCUGUUCGCGGGAAAGGAGGACCAGGAUGACGCGCGUCGCGUCCUCCCCGCCCUCCAACAGUGGAUGCACGACACGUACGCGCGCACUGCCGUGUGGCAGGCUGCGCGCGUCCUCAGAGCGGCCAAGACGUUCCCGCGAAAACACCUCCGCAAUUUCUGGGCCAUCGCCGUGUAUCAUGCGUCCCUAGCUCUCUGGACGUACGGCAUCAUCGAGCAAGCGACAACUGCCGUCAGCAGCGGGAUCUCUGCGACCUGCACGUGCGUAUCCAUGCCAGGUGGACUGUCGGAUGAAUUUUACGCUCAUGAAACGGAUCACAGUGCACAUUCACAGCCAACAGCUGGGAACGGCAACUCGUCGAUGACCGGCGCCACAACGACGGACGCCGGCAGUGCGGUCUGGCUCGAAGGCCCCGAGACGCCAGACGUCCAGCGCUUCGUCACACUGGGUCGCGGGCAGCCAGUCAUCAGCAACAGCAGUAUGCGGGGUAUCGGUGCAACAUCAUCAUCCGGAGACCAACGCCUCGUUCCACUCUCGGAUCCGGAAGCGACCAUGAAUGUGGUCUUGGAGACGCUACGGAAGAACUUUGGCGCAGCUACUACAAAGAGUUCGCGUGAGGAGGUGAUGACGGAGCAGCAACGACAGAAGCAGCAGGAAACGGGGGCGACGGGCUUGCUGCCGCCUUUGGUGGAGAACUUGGUGCAGUUGAUGCGGGAUUUGGGAAAGGCGGCGGGUGCUGUGGGGUCUUGA